AUGAUCGAUACUGACUACCAUGGAUUACUAGGUGUACCAAUGGAAGUCAUGGGACUCAUGCUUGGAGAGUUUGUAGAUGAUUACACUGUUCGUGUGGUGGAUGUAUUUGCGAUGCCACAGAGCGGAACUGGUGUUUCUGUUGAAGCUGUCGACCCUGUAUUUCAGACCAAGAUGAUGGAUAUGCUAAGACAAACCGGAAGACCAGAAACAGUCGUUGGCUGGUACCAUUCCCAUCCCGGUUUUGGCUGUUGGCUAUCAAGUGUCGACAUUAACACUCAACAAUCCUUUGAACAACUUACCCCACGUGCCGUCGCCGUUGUUAUCGACCCUAUCCAGUCUGUCAAGGGUAAAGUCGUCAUCGACGCCUUCCGGCUCAUCAACCCUCAGUCCCUAAUGCUUGGCCAGGAGCCCCGCCAGACGACUUCCAACUUGGGGCACCUUAAUAAACCGUCAAUUCAAGCUCUCAUCCAUGGUCUUAACAGACAUUACUACUCUAUCGCUAUCAAUUAUCGAAAGACUCAUCUGGAGGAGAACAUGCUGAUGAACCUCCACAAAACCGUUUGGACUGAGGGGCUUACAAUGAAAGAUUUCAAGUCCUCCGCAAAAGAGAACCAGGAACGUCUCGAGAAGAUGGUUGGUCUUGCUGAAGCCUAUGAGAAGCGUGUUAAAGAGGAAAACGAUUUGAGCAAGGACGAAUUGAAGACACGAUAUGUUGGAAAGCUAGAUCCAAAGAAACAUUUGGAGGAACUUGGGAAGAGAGGCAUCGAGGAGAAUAUCGUAAGUGUACUUGUGGAGAUGGUAGAUAAAGAAGCCAGUUUUUCUGCCGAUGUGGCAAAGGCGGAGAACAGGAUUGAGGCCAUGGAAGAGGAUUAG